CUGCGGUCUUCGGGUAGACUGUUGGAAGGUGGUCAAAAGAAUUUGACCGUUGCUCUCAAUAACAAACGGACACUGUUCUCGUUCUUGAGAGGGAAGAAGAAGCAGGACGAAACCUCAAGCUCCAAGUCUCAGGCUGAGGGUACUCAUGCGGACCUCAUCUGGGCUGAAGCCUCAAGAAGCUUUGAGCAGAACAAGUUGUCAAAGGUCUCGCGGACUACAUUGGGUCUAAAGCGCUCUCAAUUGAAGCAGCUGAAGAAAGCAACAUUUCUGGACACAAUAGAGCUCUUUAAGGCCCGUUCUGGAAGCUCACGACGUGGCUUUAACGAAUUCAUCCUGGCGGCAAUGCGAGAGAUGCGAGCGUACGAAGUAGAGGGCGAUCUGGAGGCCUACAAGGCCCUUCUUUCUGUACUGCCGCGCGGUGGACGGUUAAAAGCCAAAUCCAUUCUCCACGCCGAUGUGGGGGGAUAUAUGGAACAGCAGGCCACUGUCGUCCGACUGCUUUUGCAACUCAAUACCAAUCACGUGAUACCGGACGAUGAUGUAGGCAACACGAUUGUCGAGGUGUUUGGUUUUCGAAGUUACGCUAUGACCCAUUAUCGGAGAAUGAUGUAUUGGCUGCCAAAACUGCGUCACGCCAAUCCGUGGCCAGUUGUGGAGAGACUACCAGAUGACAUUGAAGGCGAGGACGCGAUUAAAUUGGCUCAACUUGCUGCUGCUCGUAUCUGCCCGGAUCCCAGCACCGAGUUUUCCACGAUUUUUGUUGAGUCUAAGGAGACUGACACUCCGAAUUGUAUGGUAAGUGGUCAAAGUCCCGCUCAACGGGCUCUACUCUCUGCCUACGCCACGACUCUGGUCUCUUCUCCACAAUCUAGUGUCCUCUACCUUGACGGACCGCAGUUCUUUUGGUAUCGGGAACUCCAGCUCGCCUACUAUGUUCUUUGGGGAAGCUUGGACAAGCAGCGUUUAAAAACGCAGGUGGAAAAGUGUCAAGAGAUCGAAGAUAGAUUGAAGUCAGUGAGUGAUGUAGCUUCUUGGGAUUUCUCGAUUCCUGGUUCGGAGAGGGAGAAACUUACCCCGCUGCAGCCAGUCCUCCCGCCAGAUAGUUUACUGCCUCCACCGCCACAAACUGUAGUGCCAGCCCUUACAGGUCAUGAGGAGGGUAGUUUGAUCACUCUUCAACCCAAAAGGAGUUCCUUGAUGAGAAGGGGUAGCACUGUGACGGCGGAGCGUCGGCGCGCUAUGUGGGCUGGCUUUGGGCCUUCACACCAAAUAACCCAUCUCCCGGAGAACUUGACGCGUCAUGAGCAGGCUGAAGGCACUAUUAUGGGCGUGGGUGUGGUGGCGCCAAUGUCGAAUGCACUGGAGACUCAGGCGCGUGCCUAUGGGGGUCUGACCUACAAGGAGAUGCCCGAUCCCACCGUCUCGCUUCCCGUGCCGGCACCUCCCGGACUCAUUCAGCAGUGGCUGAAUCGACUGCAAGAGCUGAAUCCUGCACUUGAUAGGUGGACUGUGAUAAUUCGCAAUCGGGCUCAUUUCAGUGCUGCAGAGGAGGGAAAGUAG